UCCAAGCUGGUUGUACGUUGUACAACAAGCGAAGUGGCGUGCGUGUUGGUCAUGGUGCAGGUGCACUGCCUGCUCUGGUCAAGGAGGCACACGAGUGGCUUUUGUGCUAGUUGUACUGAAACAUUUUUUUGAUACGAUGGUAACUGUUAAAGACACAAUUUAAUGCUUUUAGUUGCAUGGAAAGAAGACCAAUGACAAAGGGAAGAAAGAAAUCUCCUGUCUAAAACAACGGGACUUACGCCUGACCCACCAUGCAGUGUGACCGCAAUGAAGUUAACACAGCGAAAUUUCGCUGCAAAAAGUGCCGUGCUACAGUCUUCACAAGUGCAGAUGUGGUCAGUGCUCAUGGUAAACCAUGGACUGGUCACGUAAAUUUUUGUUGCCCCCUCAACAAAGCCAGCACAGUAUGGUACCUCCGUGAGACUGAAAUUGUUGACUGGAUGGAAGACCAAGUUCAUAAUGGCAAAUGGACCAAGGGCAGGCUCUACUGUCCUGCCUGUAGUGCUCGUCUAGGAUCCUAUGACUUUGUGGCUGGUUCAAAAUGUGGCUGCAGUCAGUUCGUACUGCCAGCAAUUCAUAUAGCAAAAUGCCGUGUUGACUGUGAUGAAACCAUGGAGACAGAAAAGAUCCUUAAAAGCAUCGUGCGACCUCCAGCAACAGAGCAAUCCUCUGAGGAAGACCUGGAGCCAUGUGCAGAUACAACAUAGUGAUGUCGUUAUAUUGUGCUUCAUUGCUACAGAUGUGCUUAUUCAUUGCAUUGCUCAUUCGGCCGUUGUUAAGAUGGUAACCCAAUAGAAGUGAAAAUUAAUUUAUAAAUUCUUAUGAUCA